AUGGUUAUGGAUGCUAUUGGUCAUAAUUAUGAUCGAUCGGGUACUGAAGAGGAGGAGCCUAACGCUGAAGCAAAGCGUUUUCUUGAUUUGUUGAAGGCGUCUGAACAUCCAUUGUAUGAAGGGAGUUCGAUGUCGGUUUUGGAGGUGGCGGCAAGAAUUACUAGCUUAAAGUGUGAGUACAAUUUGCCGCACAGGUGUGUUGAUGGGUUCGUUUCAUUGUUGACAGAAGCGAUCCUUGGCAACAACCGGUUGGGUGAGACAUUCUACGAUGUUAAGAAGGUUGUUAAGGGGUUGGAGCUGCCGCAUGAAAAAAUUCAUGCAUGCCCCAAGGGAUGUAUGUUGUUUUGGAAAGAGGAUGCUGAGCUUCCUACAUGUAGAGUGUGUGGCAGUGAUCGAUACAAAAGAACUUUCAAAGGCAGCUUGGUUCCAAAGAAUGCGCUAUUUUAUUUCCCGAUCACAUCUAGGUUGCAAAGGAUGUUUGCAACGAAGAACAUUUCAGAGGAAAUGAGUUGGCAUGCAAAUAAUCCUCGUGUCAAAGGCACGAUGGCACACCCUAGUGACACUGAAGCUUGGAGACAGCUUGAUACCUGCUUCCCAGAGUUUGCCUCGGAUCCACGGAAUGUUCGAUUAGGGCUGUGUACAGAUGGUUUUUCUCCUCAUGUCCCUGGUCCCAAAAACCCCAAAGGGAAAUUUAGAUGUGUACAUGCAACCACUGAUACAAGAGCUGAAACAGUUGUGGGAAGUUGGCGCAAUGACUACCCUGCAUAUGGUAUGUUGUCUGGAUGGUCCACGGCUGGUAAGAAGGCUUGCCCGUACUGCAUGGAAAAAAGCAAGGCAUUUUGGUUGCAGCAUGGCGGAAAAGUUUCGUGGUUUGAUAGUCAUCGUCAAUUUCUUCCUGCAGAUCAUCCUUUCCGAAAAAGUAAAACAACAUUUUGCAGAAACAGAGUUGAAAAAGGCGCACCGCCGCACAUCAUGUCAAGGGCGGAACUUUGGGAGUGUGUGAAAGACCUUUCGAGGGCCACGGAUGGGCCCGAAUCACUGCAAGAGUUGAAAAAGGAAAAGAAAGGGUGGUUCAAGCAAAGUUGCCUGUGGGAGCUUCCGUAUUGGAAGCAUUUGCUGAUUCGUAACAACUUAGAUGUCAUGCACAUUGAAAAAAACUUCUUUGAUAAAAUCUUUCACACUGUAAUGGAUGUGAGAAGACAAACUUCUGACACACCUUCGGCCAGAAAAGACAUUGCCAAAUAUUGUAGGCGACCGCAACUUCAUCUACAGGCUGAUGACAGAGGGAAUGAGGUCAUGCCAAAGGCCCCAUUCUGCCUCGAUAAGGGUCAGAGGAAGGUAUUGUGUGAGUGGGUUCGUGACCUGCGAUUCCCUGACGGUUACGCCUCCAAUUUGAGCAGAUGUGUGGAUCUGCAGGCGUGUAGAAUACACGGAAUGAAAAGUCAUGAUUGUCACGUGUUCAUGGAGAGGUUAUUACCUGUCGCAUUGAGAGAAUUGCUUCCUGUUCAUGUCAGGAAUGCAAUUACAGAGUUCAGCCAAUUCUUUAGAGACUUGUGUUGCUACACAGUCACAGUCAGUGACAUGGAACGGCUGGAAAAAGAACAUUGCCGAGAUCCUUUGCAAACUGGAGAAGAUUUUUCCGCCUGCAUUCUUCAACUUCAUGGAGCAUUUACCCAUUCACUUACCGUACGAGUCAAAGUUAGCUGGACCCGUGCAGUAUCGAUGGAUGUAUCCAUUCGAAAGGUAAUUGAAGAGAAACCAGGAUCUGAUGUGUUGCAAGCUUUGGCUAUGGGUCCGUUCAAGAAAGUUCGCACUUGGAGCCGAAUAUUUGUUAGCGGUUUCAAUUUCCAUACGCAAGACUACGGCAGUCAAGAUGGAGGAGAGUAUUUUGGCAUGUUACAAGACAUUAUUGAAGUUGUCUACACUGGUGCGAUCCGUGAAUACAAGACCAUCUUGUUUAAGUGUAGUUGGAUGGAUUGUGGUAAGGGUAUGAACAUACAUGAACAAUACAAGCUUGUUGAGGUGAAUCACACUAAGAAAUUCCCCAAAUAUGACCCAUUCGUGCUGUCUUAUCAAGUUGGUCAGGUAUAUUAUGCACCAUAUCCGAGCCUCAAACGGGAUCGGUUUCAAUGGUGGGCUGUGUUUAAAACGCAGGAAAGGUCCGUUGUGGAUGCUCCUGUGGACCCGGAGUUCUUGCAAGGAACAAAAACACGGGAAUGUAGUACACUCUGCCCACCGAAUGAUAUCCCAGACUACGGGGACGAUGGUCAUGCAUUUGUUGUCUCCGAGGGUGAGGACGAUGAUAUUGUGUCUGCUUCUGAAGACGAAUCAAGCGUCGGUUCAAGUGACAACGAAGAGGGCAGUGAAGAGGAUGAGGAAGACAUUGUUGUUUUUUAUGAUAGUACCGAUGAUAACAGUAGUGAUCAUUGUAGCAGUAGUGAUAGUAAUGAGUAG